AUGGCGUCCAUCCCUCUCCCGUACAUCGCUUUUUUCCAAUGGAUCGAGCCAUUCUCAACGCUCGCAGGAGCAUUCUAUGCUUGGUUGAAGCCUGCAACGUACUUGGAAUGGACACAUGCGCCGUCGGCGCCAGGGACAUCAGGUGUACCUGUCUCGACUGAAGUCAUUCUGCGCCAGCUUGGGAAUCUCUUCAUUCUCUUCGCCAUCAAUGAAGCCCUGGUCUUGAGAGCUACGACCGAUCUCAAAGUUUGGAAGGCGCUCAUCCUCGGUCUCUUGAUUGCGGAUUUUGGACAUUUAUACAGUUGCUACCCUCUCGGUCUUGCUUACUAUUACGAUGUCAAGAGUUGGAAUGCAAUGGCCUAUGGCAACAUACUCUUUGUCUACUGUGGUGCUUUGACAAGAAUCUGCUUCCUACUUGAUGUCGGCCUUGGUCGGCCCAAGAAGGCAAAAGCGAGAGCCAGAAAGUCUGUCCGGAUGAUCACCGAGGAUGCGCCUCCAGUGACACCAACCCAAAUGAACAAAACCCCUGCACAGAGCACGCGGAGAAAGCGACAAAACAGAUCGGCAUAG